UUCUAGCACUAGAUUUUUAAUAUCAAAAAUAAAUAAACUCAAAAAUAACUGAGCAGGAAAUGCUGGUUUAUGUGCUUAUCUUAGCAACAUUAUGCCACAUUUCAGAAAAUAUCAAGUACAAUAAUAAAUGGAAAAGUUUUUCAUAUGCUAAAAAGGGAGGGAAAUGUUAUAAAGGCGAAGAAACUACAUUAAUUGUGCAUGAAAAUGGACCGGGUGUGAUUACAGAGCAAUGGUUUGCUGGUGAUGAUUGUUUGUCAGCUGACUCUACAAUAAGAUAUUACAUUGAUGGGGAAGACUCUCCGUCUAUAGAAGCUAACCUGAAUAUGCUUCAUGGAAUAGGUCUCUUUGGAGAUGAGUUUAUAAAUAAAAAUAAAUCAUUGAAUAAUCUUGAAGCUGCUUGGGGCACUAAGUGGAUUGGUUACACAGCUCAAAAUGGUGGAUAUUACACAACAAUGAGAUUUCCGUUUCAGCAUUCUAUAAGAAUUACAUUUAUUCCACAGAGAUCACUAUAUUAUUGGUAUAUUGCUCGUGGUGUUGAACAUUAUCCAUUAAUAAUAGGUGAUAUUCAACUCCCAUCAAAAUCUCGAUUAGUCUUACAGAAAACUGUUAAAAGCCUGAAACAUCUUGACUAUGUAAGUCUGGCUUCUUCACGCAAAGAGGGUUUGUUGUUUAUGGUGACAUUGGCAACAAGUAGUACAAAUUUUUAUCAUCUUGAAGGAUGUUUUCGAAUAGUUGUAAAUCAUAAACCUGUAAGUUUUUUAUCCUCAGGAACUGAAGAUAUGUUUCUUUCUGCAUACUACUAUAAUAAAGGAGUUUUCCAUACAGAUCAUUCUGGAUGUACCUAUUUAAAGAGCCCUGGAUCAAUGAGUGCUUAUAAGUUUUUUGUUGAUGAUCCUGUGUUUGUGUAUGAUGGUUUUCAUUUAGUGUGGAGAUCUGGUGAGCCCAACACUUUAAGUCCCAACGCGUGUUCGCCUGAUACUGAAGAAGUUUGUGUGGUUGAAAAAAACAAUCAAGUAUUUUGCGAAUCAAACACUUUUUACUCCGAUAUCGAUGAUACGAAUGUAGUUACAAAUAUAACAAGUUAUGUUUGGAUGUAUCAGUGGUAGCGUGUUUUAAACUUUUUUAUAUACUUUUAUUGUAUAUUCCCCCAACGAGGCAGAAGGAAGUAAGUCGCCGAAAUAUGAUUACGUAAAAAACUUAAAACUAAUCUAUUUUAAAACCUUUCUGAGUUCAUUGCAAUUAUAUGUAUAUAAUAGUGAUAUUAUAUGCUAUUAAAUAAUGUAAAGCCGAUUCGUAUAUACCAUAAUGUGGAACUUGCUUCCUACAUUUCAAUAGACAAUUAAUUGUUUUGUAGGCCAAAAGUGGACUUGCUUCCGUUUGCUGAGGCAGGGCAGUAUAAAGCGUUAUAUUAGUUUUUUAAUUUUGUAUAAAAUUAAAUGUUAUAUUAGUUUUUUAAUGUUGUAUGAUUUUGUAUUGGUUUUAUACAGGUCCGCCGAGAAAGGGAGGGGGGCGAAAAGAACAGUUUGUCCCGGGCGGCAGAUAACCAAGGGGUGCCAAAUCAAUAGAAUUUACCUUAAAAAUAAGGUCUUUUACCUAUAAUAUAAGAACACUUUGAUAAAUAAGGGCGCUGAUUAGGGUUAUUGUCUCAGGCAACGUGACGGUUCUUGGCGGCCUUGGUUUUAUUUAUAUACAAUUUUUAAUAUAUGCUACUAAAAUAUAUAUAUAUAUAUAAUAUAUUUGUAAUAUAAACUUGUAAACUAUAAUAGAUAAUUAUUGAAAUAAAUAUGCAGUAUUUAACAUGUAGUUGCAACUGCGUAUGUAUUAGAUGUA